CGGUAAGAAGAGAGAGAGCAGGCGACGUAUACACACGACGCCUUACCGACGCUCGGCGUCGUCGAGCGAGUGAGCAAGCGAGCGAGCUAAGCGAGCGGACGAGCGAGCAACUAACGAGUGAGUUGAGGUAGCAACCACGCGAGCUGUCUGCGGAUUUCGUUCGUGCGGUCUCGUCGGUUGGUCGGUCGGACGGCAGCAGAGUUGUUGCUGCUGGUGUUGCUGCUCGGUAGAGUAAUUAAUCGCGCGCGCACGAUUGCCGAGCGCGGGCGGCCGAGCGAGCGGGACGGGCAUCGAGGGCGCGAUUGGAACACGGGAACACGCUAAGGAAGAGGCGCGAGUGGAAGACGAGGAGGAGGUGGCGGCGGCGGCGAAAGAGGAGGUGGCGAAGGCGAAAAGAGACGCCGGCAGACAUGGAGAAUAGACCGGCGCCGCUACGCUCGCGGCGCGUCUGCCGAUUCUGCUUGUCGGAUUCGGAGCCGCUGAGCUUCAUCUACGAGCGCGAUCACAACAAGCCGUUCCAGGUGCCGCUCGCGUUGCAGAUCAUGUCCUGCGUCGCCAUCGAGGUGUACGCCGCGGAUGGGAUGCCACAGAUGAUUUGCAACAUGUGCCGCUGGAAUUUGGACCGCUCGUACAAAUUCAAGCUACAAUGCAAGAAGGCCGACGAGGCGUUGCGAGAUUAUCCCCUGUCCGGAGUAUUGCCGAGACCCUUUCCGCCCAUUCCCAACGAGCCGCCAGCGGAAAUUGGUGUCAAAAGGUCCGUUGAGAAUUCUUCUAGGAUGCAGAAUGAAGUUUCUAACAAGAAGCAACGCAUGUCCGAUAACGAGAGCAGAGAUAUGAGAGAGAAACGUGAAACCAGAGAAAGAGAGCGACAAAACGAGAAACAAAGAGAGAAGGCCAGCAGCGACCAGCUUUCCGAAGAGGAUCAAGAUGGAGGCAGCGAGGGUGAGCAGGAGGUGAGCAACGCCAAGGAGGAGAGGAAAUUAGAAAUGGGAGAGAUCAGGGUGUUUGCGUGCGAUCUUUGCGAACGCACUUUUUCUCUGCGUCAGGCACUGAUGCUGCACGUUCAGCGCGGUCAUCGCGAUCGCAACUUCAAGUGCACCGAGUGCGACCGGCACUUCUUCACCAAGUACGAUCUGAGCAAACAUAUGACCACGCACUCGGACGAGAAACCGUUCUCGUGCGCGGUUUGCCAGAAACAGUUCUCGCGGGUGAAUCUGCUGCAGCGUCACGAGAAGGUGCACAGGGACGAACCGCGUUACGCUUGCACGCAGUGCGAGCGCGAGUUCUUUACCACGGAGGAUCUUGAGAAGCACGAGGAGGCGUCGCACAAGAAGGAGAAGCAAUUCCAGUGCAAUAUCUGUAACAAGCGCUUCCAAUACAAGCAAGGUCUGGAACGGCACGAGGUAUUGCACAACGAGGACAAGACGUUUGCGUGCGACUAUUGCAAGGAGGCCUUUCACACCAGCACGAAACUGGCUCGGCAUCUGUCUACCCAUGCUGGCCAUCGGCCAUACGUGUGUAAAUUGUGCCCGCGCACGUUCCUACUAUCGCAUCAUUUGACUCGGCACAUGCGGACGCAUUCGGUGGAGAAACGCCACGUGUGCGAGGACUGUGGCAAGGCGUUCAAACGCAAGGAGAGCCUGGAGGUGCACCAGUUGACGCACACGAAGCGCACGGGAAUGGGUCUUACCUGCGAUGUCUGUCAAGAAUCCUGUCGCAAUCGCGCCGACUACGUCACUCACAUUAAGCAGCAUAUCGAGGCAGGCGAGAAAAUGGGUCCGGACGGUCUGCAACCCGAUAACAAAAAAACUGUUGAAAUAGAUUCUGAAGAGGAUGAGGAGGAGGAAGAUCAGUAUUCCGAUGGGGACGACGAUUACGAACCGCCGGCGUACAUUGUAAAGAAGUUGCCGAAACCGCCGAAGCCGCCUUCCGAGACUGAUGAUGAAGAAGAGGAAGAUGAGACGGAAGACAAGGAAGAGAAAUCCGAGAGGAAGGAGAAGGAAGAACGUAAGGUGGUGUAUGUGCGCGGUAAAGAUGGUAACAUGUUGAAAAAGACCAUUAAGACGCUAAUGCCAAUCCAGCGUCGCGAUGUUCAAGAGCAGAAAGCUGCGAAACAAGCCACUACGACUGGCUCCUCGUCGCAGAGCAGCUCGAAAGGCUCCACGUCAUCGCAGAAAGAGGAGAGUCCUAAGGGUAGCCGCGUGGAUGAUACCGAGGCGCAAGUGCAGAAAAUCGUCGCCUCGGUAUUCAAGGAACACAAGAUCCCACUGAAGCACCAGCAGAACGCCAGUCAAGAUAAUCAGCCUAAGGAAUCGUCAACGCCUGUGACGAGAUCCCAGAACACUUCCCAAGAAGGUCACAAGGACAACGAUAAGGAGGCAGCAACUCGCAAAACGGUCAACACCGUCAAAGUGAUUAAAAGAAUUGUGUUGAGGAAACCGGCAGGAGGCAGCAGUGAAAGUAGUACGCCAAUCAGUACAGUCGCUAUCAAAGACGGGGACGUGUCUCUGAGCGGCACUCCUGGCUCGCACAAGGUGAAGCGAGUGAUCGUUCGUAGAAUUAUCCGUCAGGGUGACACUACUCGUGAAGUUAUUAUGAAUCCGGAUGGCACGGCGAUAGAUCCCGCAGAGCUGGCGAAACUGCCUACCGGCAAUGUAGUGAAGCGAGUAGUGGUGAAGCGACCGCUCGAUAAGAGUGAGAAUCUGGUACAGAAGAUACUGCAAUGCACAGAACGUCAAAAAGUAGAAGAGGAUACCGUUUCAAAUGAAAAAUUUGAGCUGAAGACUUCGGCAUCAUCCAGUGGCUCUACAUCGAAGAGCAGCUCGGCGGCCGCUUCGCAGAAAACGCAGCCGGUCGCCCAAAGUCAAGAUCAGGAAACCAAGGAGAAAUUGGAGCAGUUGGAGAAGCGAGUAGAGCAGCAGAGAUUGAAGAUCGAAGAGCUGCAGGCGAGGAAAGCGCAGCAAGAUUACGAGGCUGCAGAUGAGAUGCUACCGGAACGACAUGACGAGUCUGAGGAUGAACAGCAGCUACCGCUCAAGAGAGUAUUUGUGAAGCGAAAACAAAGUAUAUAUGACGAGGAGCGAGAAUACAAUGAUGACACGGAAACGGCGCCGACAAAAAGUAAUCCAGCCCAAGAGGAGAAAACUGAAACGGAGCAAGUGAAGGAAGAGGUUAAUCCUGCCGUGGAGGAGACAUUGGAAAAUGUUCAAAAAGAAGUACAGAGCAUAACAGUAAAAUCAACGGUGAGCGGCAACAGUAAUACCACAUCAAGUAGCACACUGGCUCCGAAGAAGGGUCCGACAAUCUCCGGCAACAAAGUGUAUUCGAAUAAGCGUUACAUGAUUGUAAAGCCUAGUGAUACAUCGGAGGUGGAAGAAAUGAGUCGAGAAUUGUGCAGUAUUUUCGAAACGACCGACAACGUGGUAAAGAUGCAGGAGACCGUGUUGAGCAACCUCUCGGAAAUUUCUGGUAUCGCAGCGUCGUCAACGUCAGACGUAAAUGUGAAACAAAAGUCGACCGAAUCGGCGAUGGAGGUCGACGAGCAGGUGGAUGGCGAAGUGAAUACAAAAGAUAUCAAGGAGGAGACAGUGAUGGAGGUUGAAGUCGCGCAAGAGGAAAUUAAGCUGGAUCCCGAGAUGGAGGAGCCUACGCAGGUGAUCGUGCAAGAGGAGAGUCAGCCUGAAUCCGCAAUUAGCCAAGAUCUCUCUGAAACCGCUUCUAUUUUCGAAACAGCGGACGAAAUGCUGGAGGUCCGAAAAUCGGCGAGUGACAAUCUGAACGACUCUGUCAUCGAAUUGUCGCAGGGUAAUGACACUAUCAAUCUGAACGAUACUAAUGAUAGCCAGGAUAGCUUGGAGGAUAAACUUUCGCAGAUGGAGGGUUGAAGAAGGUUGUCUUUUCUUUUUGCCCGGUCGAGGUGCUGUACCAAGUAAAAAUCAUGCUCUCGAAUUCGCUAUUAAGAUUUCCGAGAUCUCUUGCACUAUUGGUAAUUAAUUUUGAUUUUUAGUAGUAUUAAAAUUAAGUCUUUAUUCAAUUUGGAUAAUGCCAAUAUGACAUUGCGGUUGUAGACCGUAUUAGUGAUACUGUACUGAUAUUGUACAAUCGAGAUUGAGUUUUAAAAAAUGAUAACGUUGCAAUUAUGAAACAAUAAAAAAUUGUAUCACUAAAUUAAUUGUAUAAAAUGAGUUUAAAUUAUUUAAUACCAAAAGUAAGGCUCAAAAUUAUGUAUAUUUCAACACUAAGUGCAGAAGGUGUGCAUACACCUAGGAAAAGUAGCUUUUUACUUGGGUAAUCUUCAAUCAUUUAUAAAAAAAGCCAUAUAUAUGCAUUAGAUUUUGCAUACAGCAGAUGGUAUUUAAUUGGAACAUGUCGCAAUUAAAGAAAUGAAAGGCUCGAGUUUUAUUCCUUAAUUCGAGUUUUAACUUUAAAAUCAUAUAUAAUAUGUACUAUCAUUAUACAAUAAUUAAAACAUAAGUAAGUUUUUCGAAAUACAUAUUAAAGUCACAUUAUUUUAAUUAUUACAGAGUAUAACAUAUAUUAAUAUUAUAUUGUAUUAAUGUUUAAUAUUAAUAUAUAUUAUAAUACAUUAUAAUAUAUUAUAUACAGAUAUAUAUUCAAUAUAAAUAUAUACUUUAUAAUAUAUUUAAAUAUUGCUCCAUAGCUUCAUAAGAAAGGCUCUAAAAAAUUUACUUUUUUAAAUUUAAUUGAUUAUUAUUUUAACAAUGUAACUUGAAUUUUUUUAAUUAUUUAGGCUGAUUCAUAGUCGAAUCUUAUUUCAAAUUUGUCUUAAGUAAUGUCUUGAGGUGUUAAUAUAGCUCUGUGAUUGGUUGACAUCUUAAAACAGUCCCUAAGAUGAUCUCAAAUUAAAGAAUCGACUAUGAAUAUUGGCUUAAAAUUGUAUUUUUAUUUGCGAUAAAAAAAUUUGUCGAUUAAGGUUAUUAAUCUAUUCUCUGAAAUACUAUAAAUAUGACUCUAAAUAUAUGUCUUAUUCUAAUGCAACUUGACUUCGACAAUACUAUUGAUAUUCAAAAUAGUAAUUCCCAAUUGCGCAAGAAUCUCGACGAGAAUCUCGGCGAGCUAAUUGAUAGCAACAAAUAUAUAUUCUGUUAAUGUAUACAGAUAUUAAAAUCGUGCGGAAACCCUUUUACGAAAAAUAAUUAUUGCAUUUCUAUUAUUGAAGCGCGAAUACUUGUAUUCGGUGGUAAUGGAAUUCGCAUCGCGGAUCGUGCCCGUUUCAUCAAAAGAUCACAUCUAAAUUUCUCAUUUCUUUUCUUUUUCAUACUUUUUUUCUGUCCGAACAGAUUUGAUGAAGAUAUAAAUGAUUCGAUCGAGUUAUUUAUCGUGCAAAUAUGAUUAAUGUUAAUUAUUUUAAUUAUUUAACACAUUGGAAUUGUGUACCUAUUAUGUACAUUUCAGAGCUUCAGUUUUGUAAUUUAACAUUUUUUUGCAGCUGUACAAUUAUUUUUAUUUUUUUUUUCCUACGAAUAACUCGCAAAGUUGCAACAUUUUAACGUGUCUUAUUGAUCCUACCAUAUCUUAUCUUACUCAAUAUCUGAUAUCGCAAAAUUUCAUUCUCGAACUCAAGAGCACUUUCUAGAUUGGAAAGGAGCUUCAAUUCUAUUCGUUUAUCUUUCCUUUGAAUAUUAUUGUUUAACUCGAUACAUCCGCAAUGAAUGGACAGUUGUAAAUAUAUGGUCAGCCAACCAAAUAGUUUUAUUGGCCCAAUCUUGCGAACUGUAUCACAGCUGUGAGAAAUAUGUACAUACCGUGUCUCCUGACGGUUUCCUUUACUUUUGCGCACGUUCGCUUUCGCUGAUAAAACAAAUAAAAUAAGAAAAGAAAUGUCACAAGACAAAAAUUCCCCUGCUCGCGCAGUUAUUAAAUUUGUCUUCUUUUUUUUAGUGUUAAGGAUUAGUGUGUAGCCAGGGCCAGUUGCAUCAACUGAUUGUCAUUUGCUCGGAAUUUCUCUCCUCGAGCAAUUAAGUCGCUUUUGUUAUUUUUAACUACGAUCAAUAGAAAGUUAUUUUACUUAAUUCAACGUGAUUGAAACGUCUAUAUUAAUAUUUGAAAAUAUUAGAAUAUGAGUAUUCUAAAUAUUUUAAAUAUUAUAUAGUUUUGCUUUAUUAUUUUUAAAACGGUAAAAAAUUGUCCGUCUAACACAGAAAUAUUACAAAAUAUCUUAGCAAUGUUGCAACAACAUUUUACAAUAUUACUGUAAUAAUUUGUGCUGUAUUAAGUUAACAUUCGGUUAGCUUAAUCGAUUUUAGUGUUUGAAAAUAAUGCGAAUUGCUAAUUAAAGACGAUCAAUAUAAUCUAAUAUAAUACGAUUUUUUUGCAUGAUUUUUAGAAUAAUUAUAGAUAUUAUAAUUAUAAUUUUUUUCCUUUUUCUUAUUGGUGCAACGGACUUGAAGUCAACACAUUUAUAAUGUUGGGAACAUAAAAAAAUAAUGAAUUAUAGAGGUAUACGUUUACAGUAAUAAUAUUCAGAAUAUUAUUUCGUUAAAUUAAAUUAGUUACAUAAUAAUAUGUAGGUUAUCCAGAUAUGCAAGAUACUUGAAAUCAUAUAUAAAAUACAAAAGUGUGUAAGUGUAGAAAGUA